ACGGCAUCCAGCCAGCUGCUCGAAGUGGAGGACCUGCAGACCCACUUCUUCACCCGGCGCGGUGUUGUCCGCGCCGUCAACGGCGUGAGCUUCAGCCUGAUGCCCGGCGAGACUCUCGGCCUUGUGGGAGAGUCGGGUUCGGGAAAGACGAUCACCUGCCUGUCGCUGCUGCGCCUGCUGCCGCGGGGGGCGAGGAUCGUGGGCGGCAAGGUGCUGUUCAACGGCCAGAACACCCUGGACCUUUCUGAAAAGGAAAUGGAGAGGCUGCGGGGCAUCCGGAUGGGGAUGAUUCUGCAGAACUCCAUGGCGGCCCUUGACCCGGUGUUCUCGAUCGGUACGCAGAUUGCGGAACCGCUGGUCGUACAUUCGGGGCUGAACUGGAGGGCAGCGAUAGAACGCAGCAUCGACCUGCUGCGGAUGGUGAAGAUCACGGCGCCUCACCUGCGGGUCCGCAACUACCCCCACGAAAUGAGCGGAGGCAUGCGCCAAAGGGCGUCCAGCGCGGCGGCACUGACCCUCAACCCCGACCUGAUCGUCCUGGACGAGCCAGUUUCGUCGCUGGAUGUAUCCAUCCGUUCCCAGGUGCUGAACCUAUUGAAGGAUAUCCAGGCGGAGCGAGGAAUUUCCUACAUCCUGAUUUCCCACGAUCUGGCUCCGGUGGAGCACAUGAGCCACGUCAUCGGGGUGAUGUACCUGGGCAAGCUGGUGGAGCUGGGCGAUGCGGAGCUCACUUGCUCGGAGCCGCAGCAUCCGUACACCGCCUCCCUGGUGGCAGCGGCAACACCCCCUGGCACGACACCGGCAUGGCCCAUCCCAAUCGUGGGCGAAGUGCCCAGCGCACUGGAGACUCCCAGCGGUUGUUCGUUCCAUCCCCGCUGCGCCUACGCCAUGCCGAUAUGCAGCCAGGAAGUGCCGUCGCUCGCUCCCACGGAGGACGGGCGGAUGGUCUCCUGCCACCUUUAUCCCGACGAAAUCAAGAAGAUCGACAAGAGGGCCCCGAUCCAGGUGGCGCAGGGGAUAUCUGCCGCGUCUUCCUGA